AUGGAUGUGGCCUCGACGUCGCUUGGCAGCUACCCUUCUUACCCGACGCCGAGUGCCGUCAUCCGAGUGCAGAUUCUGGAGGGCCGGAGCCUCUCCGAUGGCUGCAAGAAUCCGUACUGCGUGGUCCGCCUCGGCGACAAGAUCGAGCGAUCUGGCGUUGGCUCGGCAGGUUCGCACCCUGCCUGGGGGGCGGCGGAGGGAUCAGUGACCGUGACCUGGGAUGCAGAGGACUUUCUGGAAAUCACCAUCCGAGAGAAGGGCUCCGCGCUUUGGGCAGAGGACGCGAAGGUUGGGACUGCGCACGUGAAUGUCUCUGCUUUGGCACGCCUGGCGCACUUCCGCGGGCCACUACACGUCUUCCGCCGUGGGACUGAGAAGGCUGGUGAGCUGGUGGUGGACCUCCUGGCAAAGGAGAUAUCGCCGAUGGGUCCCGCAAAGCUCUUGCAGCCUGCUUUAGUGAAAGUCCACAGCAAUGGACUGAUGGGGGCCGUGGCAGCCGUCGCAGAUUUUGAAGCGCUGGACAUCUUCAAGACGUAUCACAUCGUGCUGUGGUCAACCUCGGAGAAGUUCGGCGACAUGUUCAACUCCAACUGGGAUGAGGAGCACAAGAAGCUGUUCAAGGAUCCCUUAAAGAAGGUGGUUCAGGCUGAGCACGCAUCACUUUACAGUGAUGGAGUUUGUCCGCAUUUCACUUACUGGGGCGGGAAGCGCAACGAGAAAGCAACGCUGGGAAGAGGUAAUCACUUCUUGUCACUGCUGGGAAAUGGAGUUCGCAAGGGACGGAGGCGCGUAUACACAUAUGUGGUGCUGGACGAAGGGAUGUUCUUUUCAGAGACGGGUGCCAACAUUGCGAAAGACUUCUUCAGCAAGCAUGCUGUGCAUGCAAAUGCGUCCCCAGAGGUUCGCAUGGCGGGCACAUUCCGCAUCUGCGAGACGCCCGAACGCGCGCUCAUCCUUUUCCUGGACAAUGACUCCGGCACCUAUCGUCCGUCCUCAGAGCAUUUGCCCAUCCUCAAAGAAGUGCUGGAGCUGAAUUUCCCCGGACUUCUGGUUAGAGUUCUGGAUGUUACGCAGCCGCAGCCGGAGGACAUCUUGGAAUUCGCCGGUCCCAACGAGACAAAGGGGUCGAAAGGCUGCGUCUACGCUGGGCAGUGGAAGUGGAAAGUGGAGUCCGAAGACGAGCUGCAGGCAAGCUCUCUCCAGGCGGCGGCCAGUGUUUGGGAGUGGAAAAACCGGAAUGGCUGGCAGCGCUACCUGCCGGAGGAUGAAUGUUUGCUGGACCAGCUGCAAGUCGAGUGCAAAGGACAGCAAGCGGAGACGUCUGGGUUCUCCUUCGGCAGAGGGACUAUGUACAAGGUGGACUUCCUUGAAAACGUCCAGACCAAUCUCAAAACUGGCCGAGUUAGAGAAAUGCGCCAGAUCUUGAGCGGUUGCUACGUUCCCUCCUGGGAGAUUCACUGCGGAGGCAUAGAGUGGAAGGCCUGCAGUUUCCAGGAUGCUGUGACAAUCGAGCAAGCAUACCUCGCGACAGCUGCCGGCGCGCGAGUUCUGCUGACCUUGAGCAGCGGAGAAGAACGCCUCUUUGACUUCAAGAUGAUGACCUGUGCUGGAUCAAAGCCUUCGGACGUCCGUGCCUUGCGGCGCUUGGCGAGCUCCGGGGUCUGA